AUGGGGCCCCCGGGCAAUAGGGGAUCAUGGGGCCCCUGUGUCCUUGCCCAAACUCAAAAAAGCCUAUGAAAAAGGGGAUUUGUCCAUCAGUACAAUCCCCCCCCAAAGUCAAUUUGUCCCCCAGUGCAAUCCCCCCCAAAGGCAAUUUGUCCCCCAGCAGGGGCGGACUGACAAAUCAUGGGGCCCCCGAGCAAUAGGGGAUCAUGGGGCCCCUGUGUCCUUGCCCAAACUCAAAAAAGCAUAUGAAAAAGGUACCAGGGCAUCUCAUGGGGCCCCCUACAGACCCCGGGCCCUCGGGCAGUGCCCGAGUUUCCAAAUGGUCAGUCCGCCCCUGUUCCC